GAAUGUAACAAAAAACAGAAAGUGGCCCAUCACAAACCUUAAGAACAUUCAUAGUACAAUACACAAUACCGUACUUGUAGAACCUGAGCGGUUUAUUUACCAUACUUGUGGAAUCUGGGCGGUUUAUUUACCGUAUUCGUGAAAUCUGGGCGGUUCAUUUACUGAAUUUGUGGAAUCUGGUCGCUCAGGUGCACGCAAUUUUUAUACAUGCGACAGCUGUUAAUAAAACAAACACAUACUGUACUACAAAGGCUAUGUAGAAUAUUAUAACUCGUUCGUUUUUGACAAGUAAUUUAUUCGAAAGUUCAAAAAUUAUUGAACUCAGUUGUUCCAGCAGGAACUCGAGAAUUUGCGAAUGACUUUUAAUACCGUAAAGCUAUUAUCGACAGUAACAUUUUCGACUUCGUUCUUAAAAGCAGGGUUUUCGUCUGAGGGGCAGGGGGACUUAUGUGCUUCGAUUAACAACCUAAUAGUCGUGAUUUCAAAUCUCCAGUACGGAGCCGGCUUUCACCGGGUUAUCAAAGAUUUCAUGAUACAAGGAGGUGAUUUCGUUAAUGGCGACGGGACCGGUGUGAUGAGUAUUUAUGGUAAUACAUUUUCGGAUGAGAACUUUAUCUUAAAGCACGAUUCUCCUGGUUUGCUGUCAAUGGCUAAUAGUGGCAAAGACACAAAUGGUUGCCAAUUUUUUAUAACUUGUGCUAAAUGCAACUUUUUAGAUGGGAAACAUGUGGUCUUUGGACGUGUUUUGGAUGGCUUAUUAAUAAUGCGCAAAAUUGAAAAUGUCCCUACAGGACCUAAUAAUAAGCCCAAGCUACCGGUAACAAUAUCACAAUGUGGUCAAAUGUAGACUAUUUUUUAUGUACCAACAUAAUUGUAAUUUUUUAAUAUAUUGUAAAAAACGGGAAAUAUAACCUCAUUUAUUUUUACAUUCAAUUAAAUUUCUUUGUCAAAAAUAAACGCCUUGUCCUUAUGUUCCGUGCGCAACAUUUUACAGUCUUCAAUGACAAAACUGUAAAAUAAUGGGGCAAGGAAGGCGGUUGACAAAUGCCAUAAAGCAUGAGCGUCAAUAAUCCAUAAAAUUGGACGAAAAUCUAAAAGUUCCAAACUCAUACUUAAUCCCAUUAAUAAAUAGAAAGUCUGUAUUUUACGAUAAUACGGACGGUAAUGUCGCACACGGAAAGACCAGAGAAUCCAGCCUAAGCCUCCCAAAAC